AGAAGCUGCUGUAGCUCCAAGACAAACACGUCUUUUAUUUAUGGUCUUUAUAUUUGACAUUUCUGCUAAAAUGUUUCCUCAGCUCCUCAAGGCCUUCGUGAAUGAACGAAUGAAAGCUGCCGCGGAGGAAAUAUUUAACGUUUUUGAAAGAACAAUAGUUAAAUAUGAGGAGGAAGCUUCUGUUUCAGCGCAGGAGAUCGAGCGACUUCGAGGUCUCCUGGAGCAGCAGACAGAAACCUCUCAGUUUUCUGUCUGCGAAGACAAAAGUCCUCCUGAGUCGCGUCCCAGUGAGCAGGAGCAGAGCGUCAGCGUCCAUCGUGAAGACCCUCAGCCUCGACACAUUAAAGAGGAGGAUAAUGAAUUCUGGACUACUGAGGAAGAAGAGACAAGAGAAGGGACAUAUACGUUACACCCACCUCAAUCUGAUGUCUGGGAGGAUAAUAAUCAGGACGAUACAAAACCACUGUUGCAACCUCAAACACAAACCUGCGAACCCACUGACGAGUUUCAGGAGACACAGGAGGCUGAAUCUGUUCAUUUCACUUCACCUCCUGCUUUAACUGCAACUUCACAAAGUGAAAUCGUCAAUGAUGCAGAAGAACCUGCUGCAAGUUUUAUUUCAGACCAAACAGAACAAACGUCCUUAAUCAUCUACCAAGAAUCCACUGACUUGUCUGAUCCUAACGCUGCCGGAGCUCAGCAUCAGUGCUACUUGUGCGGUGAAUCUUUCUCCUCCACUCAUCAGUUGGUAAAUCAUGCUUUCUGCUUUCAUUCAGAAGAUGCUGGAGUCACAUGCGCCGUGUGUGGAAGAACCUUUGAGUCCACCGAGAGCGUCAAUUUGCACCUCAAAGCUCACAAAAGCUCAAAAUGUUGUCACAUGUGUGGGAAACACUGCAACACAAAGACCGCUCUGACUGAGCACAUGGCCGGCCACGCCGGCGUGAAACUGCAUCGCUGCCACGUUUGUGGGAAAGAGUGCAGCCGAAAAGGGGAUUUAAAGAUACACAUGAGGAUUCACACGGGCGAGAAGCCUUUCUGCUGCUCUUUCUGCUGCAAAGGUUUCACCCACAGCGGACACCUGAGGAAGCACAUGAGAAGCCACACCGGAGAGAGGCCGCACAGGUGUGAGAUCUGUGGCAGAGGGUUCCUGCAGAGGACACACCUCAAAUACCACCUCGGGACUCACGCUAAGAAAUACUGAUGGAAGCUUUUUUAAUAGAUGCAAAUGGUUUCAAGUUAUAACUUAAAAGUGAAAAAGCUUGCUGAAUGUGAACAUUGCAUUGUCAGUGCUAUUGUGUGUCUUUUUUGUUUUAUAUAAAUUUGUCAUAUUUAUGAUAGGUGCAUUUAACUUUUUUUUUUUUUUUUUAAGAAAAGGUGUAUGUAAGUUCUGAGGGAAAAAAGAGAGUCCAUUACAACAGAUAAGAUGUGACAUCAAAUUCAAACAACUAAGGAUAUUUUAGUAAAAUAGUGGGACACUUGGGAAGAAAAACAAGUAAUGAACAGAACAAAACUGCAGGUGGUCCUUGAGAAGUGGAGAAUUGGACACGGCUGAAAUCAGAACCUAAUAAUCCAGGAUUAGCUGGUUAUCCUGAAGUCUAUAUUUAAUAUCAUAGAGGUGUCAAUGAGGUCAUUUCUAGUGUGGGUUCACUCUGUUGGGUGAGAAAAGUUUGUGCUACCUGCACUAACAAUCUAGCUAACACAAACAUGAUUGAUGAUCAAAAGUAAGACCAACUAUCAAAACUACUACUGU